UAUCAUAUAAUUUUUUUUAAAAAAAAUAAACCCAAACAAACACAAAAAAUAAAAUAAUAAAGGAGACAGACCAUGUAGCUUGAGCAGCUUUCUUUUAUUUAUUAUAUUGAUAUAGAUAUAUAGAUAUAGAAUGGAGUGUUGUAUUUACACGAUUUUUCUUGUAUCAUUGUGUUAUAUUAUAUUAUAAAACAUAACAUGGAACUUUAAAUUUACGGCUAAAUAGAAGAAGUGGGUCUAUUCUGUUUUCGAGAUACAGCAUCGGAAAACAGCGUUUUUCCGGGAUAAUCUCACUGGGAUUUAUCUUUUUCCCGAGAAAAUCCCAUGUAGGAGGUGUAUCUCUCUCGCUCUGAGAGUGUGCUCUGUUUCUACUCCAACCACUCUCUCUCAUUCUUUCUGUGCAUGUUUUUUUUUUCUUCUUGUUUUUGAUUAUAAAAUAGUACAAAAUGUAUUGUUACAUUAGGAUUAGAGUCAAUCAAAGUUUGUGUUACUAUUAUUGUUUUUGCUUCAAAACCUCAAAUCAGAGCUUUCAUCCUAAUUAAUGUCAUAGUUUUUUUUUUGUAGCUAGAUUUUCCCAAAUAAGUUUUGUGCUGAAUUUCAAAAUAGAAGAAGAGUCUUAGAGCUCAAAUUCAAUAACACAAAACAAUUAGCUGAAGAUUGAACCUAAAUAAAAGAAGAAAAAUAAAAUAAAAUUUAUGUGUAUGGAGGUGAAGUGAAGAGGUAAGUAACGUUUGUUGUUCGUGUCAUGUUGUUCCAUUUAAAGUUUUCUUUUUCUGGUUUGACUGAAUAUUCAAAAAAGGUUUAAGACUCGUAACGCUUCCUUUAAACAUUUUUGCAUGUCAUUGAUUUGAGCCGUUCAUCUGUCAUUCCAUAGUUUAUCUUUUUUGUUCUCAUCUAUGUAAUUUUCGUUAUAAAAUCUGACCUUCUCUGCUUCAUUUCUUCACCUCUCAACACUGUUUUCUCAUCUAAAACAAACUGUUUACUUUCUCUCUCCCUCUCUGUUUUUUUAUUUUUAUUUUUUCUCGAGAGAAAUGGCUAAAAUUCCAAGCUUUUUCUCACUGAAGCACUUGCUUGUGCUGUCACUUGCUUUGAAUGUGAGUUUGAUCAUGAGGGUCGUGUUUGAAGAUGAAAGACAAGGCCCUCUUUUUGGCUUUUCUCUGAUAAAGCCAAGAGGGUCUUCAAUGGCGGACACUGAAGCUAGCCAGAGGACACUAUUGGCUACAUCAUCAUCAUCAUCAAUUUCUUCUUCGGCCAAAACUAGUAUUGCAGAAGUUGAAGAUAGCGGGGAAAAACUAGUCAACCUUGAUCAUGGUGACCCCACAAUGUAUGAAAACUAUUGGGAGAAAAUUGGUGAGAAGACCACAAUUGUGAUCAGGGGAUGGGAUUCCAUGAGCUAUUUCUCAGAUUUGAAGAGCAUUUGUUGGUUUUUAGAGCCUGAGUUUGCCAAACAAGUUGUACGGCUUCACAAAAUUGUGGGAAAUGCUGAGACUGAAGGUCGCCAUGUUGUGGUUGGUACAGGCUCUUCUCAGCUAUACUUAGCAGCUUUGUUUGCUCUUUCUCCUAAAGAAUCAACUCAACCCAUCCAUGUCGUUUCUGCUGCUCCGUACUAUUCUUCAUACCCAUCUAUGACUGACUACCAAAAGUCAGGGCUUCAUAAAUGGGCAGGUGAUGCUAACAACUUCACCGAAAUGGGGCCAUACAUAGAGUUGAUCACUUCACCAAACAACCCAGAUGGGUUUGUGAGACACUCUUGCGUGAACAAGACUGGUGGAGCAAUGAUAUACGAUCUUGCUUAUUACUGGCCCCAGUACACCCCCAUAUCUUCCCCUGCUGACAACGACUUAUCGUUGUUCACAGUCUCCAAGAGCACCGGACACGCUGGCAUUCGAAUUGGUUGGGCUCUGGUGAAAGACCCUGAGGUAGCCAGACGAAUGACCAAAUUCGUGGAGCUCAACACGAUUGGUGUGUCUAAGGACUCCCAGAUUCGAGCUGCCAAGAUACUCGAAGUUGUAGCAGACAGCUGCGAGCAAUCAGGCAGCUCGGAUUUUGAAGAGUCCUUCUUUGAGUUCAGUUACCAUCUCAUGGAAAAGAGAUGGCAACAACUCAGAGAGACUGUGAGUAAGAGCGGAGGCAUCUUUAGCUUGCCUCAGUUUUCUCCUGCCUUCUGCCAUUUCCACAGUAAAGUCCUGCAGCCUCAUCCUGCUUUUGCGUGGCUAAGAUGUAAAGAUGGCAUUGAGGACUGCGAAAGCUUCCUUAAAGGCCACAAAAUAUUGACACGAGGAGGGCGGCAUUUUGGCGCGAGCUCGAGUUAUGUUCGGGUUAGCAUGUUGGAUAGGGAUGAUACCUACAAAAUGUUUCUUAAAAGACUGUCCUCUAUCCGCUGAUCAUGGCGCCGGAUGCCGUGUUUUCCUCCUCAUGUGGAGCAAGAGAAGUGUCUGAGCUGCAACUGCAAUGCAAUGGGGGAAGAAAUAAGGUGUCAAGAAAAUAAAAUAUGAGGAAAAUGUAAAAGAAAAAAAAAAUUAUUUAUUUGUAGAGUAAAAGAAAUUAAAUAUAGUUUUUAGUGUUUGUGUUAUGUGUAUUAGAGUUUGUAAUAGUUGAUAUUUCUUAAUGAAAUUUUGUAGUUCAAAUUAAAUAUUA